AGUGAAUGCGGGACUCCAUUUGUCGCGAUGUCGGGCGGGGCGUGAAUGUGAGUUUGUGGUCAGGACGCUGGUGUUGCAACAGUGGCUUUCUCGCUAGGUUGUGAAAUCGUCUAGCAGCGUAGGGGAGGUGGAGUUGGCAAUCCGCCACUGAGCAGCAGGUGGAGCAUGCCAGGUGAAGUACACUUCGCUGAGGGCAUACAGCUAGGAGUGGUCAUGUCGGUGAUGUAAUCAUGUUAGGUCUUCCUUCGUACUUCUCUGUCCCCCCCCCACCUACCUGAACUACACCAGAAAAAGGAAUGCUAUUGAGGCAUGAAGGUUUCACUAGGAGGUGUAAUUAAUGUCAGACUAACGUUUGGUUCCCGAAAAUCAGCAUGUAUUCCAGGGUUUUUCCUAACUGCCGUGUAGGAUAUCUGAAAUUGCACGCUUUAUGUGUAACAGCGAUAUCUACAAGGUAUUAUUUCGCUUUCAAAUGCUUUUUCAGUAACUACAAGGUAGGGGUUUUUACAUCACCCUUUUUCUAAUGUCCCGCCGACAAGCUGUACCUUUAUAUACUUUGAGUUAAAACAAGUGUUUAGUUUUUUUGAUGUCCGCAUUGCGAGUCACGUUUGCUUAGCUGGAGAUGAGACAUGUGGAAAAUCCGCUGUCAAGUUGUCAGGAUGUUAAAGUUUUAAAGGCCAGAAAUUUUGUGACCCGUAUGUCCGAGGGUUACAGUAAUUUUCUUCCUUUAUCAAAUUUUAAUAUGAAGAAUCCGGAACUACCUAGUGCCAACUUCAUUAUUUCUCCCGUGCAUUCGGCCAUGGAAGUUGAAAAUAUUUUAUGUCAGUUUGUAGCUUUUAAAGACGGCAUUCUUAAUGUUUGCAGGGUUAGUCUUCCGAAGAUCGAAAUAUGCCCUACAAAUGUCUCCGAAUAUGUUUAAUGAACGCAAACUAAAACAUACGUUUGUAAUUAAUGUUUGCAAGCGACAGUUCUUAUAAUUCUUCCCUUAAGGUCAAGUUGUAAAUUGGGCCUAAAAGCCGAAGACAUGUAAAUUAAGCCACAGUUAAACUCCGAGUGUGUUAGGCGAUAAUUAGAAAAUCUUUACAGCUUUUUAAAAGUCCGUUAAAAUGAAAUUUCAAGACUGCCUUUAUCCAGCAAAUAUCCGGGAAAUCGAUUAUUCUGGGAAGUUUUGUGAAUGUGAGUCUAACAGUGAACCGCAUAAUAAUCUACUACUACUUUAUGCUAGGCUCUAAGUGGUUUAUUUCUGGUCGCGCCGGAAUGACGUUUUACCGACCCAGCUAAAGGACGAAGCAUUUCUAUGCCUACUAUCUCAGGAGGUUCAGUCUGAAGUCCUCGAGGGAGGGUGGGGGAGGCGAAUGGGGAAAACAAUAACUACUGUUGAUGCAAUACUGCCAAAGACAAGCGAGAUCGGAAUUACCACUUCUGGGCCACUUGCCGUAAUGAUCUAGACAGGCCGCCUAUACUGUAACAGGACAAUACCUGGAAGAAUGAAGUAGUCAUGGAUGACUUAUUUACCCUGAUCGAUCAGUCGCAGGAUCAACGCGUGGGAGGGCCAGUCUCAAUCAUAUUCGACUGGUUGAAGAAUUCCGUUCUAGCUGGAAGACUGUCGAAUACUCCUUCAGGUAUAACAAUGCUGAGAGACACCCCAGACGCGAUGACACGUCAGUUGGUGCGAAUCAGUUAUUACUGUCAGUCGAAUCAAUUAUAAUUGACUAUAGGGAAGGCCUACCCAAUGGAUGCCGAUUUCCACAUGACCUAUCGAAGAAUUCGUCGAGGAGACUAUUUAAGGAGUGAUUGCGGACACAGGAGUCUUCAUUUGAAAAAGUGAAAUUUUACAACUUUCUUCAUAUCCUCAAUGUUCAAGGGGAAUUAAGCUGUACGUAUUAUAGAUUUUACAAGACGUGCAAUGUGGGGGGGAAUAGUAAAAUCAUUUUCUAAGCUCUUUUCGCAGUUCACUGCGCACAGUGAAAAUAGUGCGACAAGCUGUCCACCGAAUGCCUCAUGGUGAAGCUCUUACCCCACACUUUAAGGGCUGAAAAAGCAGGUCAUUUCGCUUUUGCCCUCAGAUCUGCUUCCUCUUGACUGUCUCCUGUUUCUUCAGCUAGCCGUCCACUUCCAUGAGACGCGCUGUCCGUACGCACUCAGGAGCAUUACAAAAAUUUUUAUUUGAUCGCGACCUGCAAGAGUAGCCUGAUUUCCAUUAAGGCGGACGUACAAUUUGUGACGACCAGUUUCAGUGUGUGAACUUUUCUUGGCAGAAAUGUGUCCUUUUGUUGUGCUCCUGAUCCCUGACGCGGGCAUUGAUGCUUAUUUGCUGUGUUUUACUUUAGGAUUUCCUAGCCAGACAACACCUUCAGGAGAUUUGUUCCAUCGCGGACUCUGAGGAGCAUGCCGCGCAGAGAGUGCGCACCUUCCCCGAGAGUUCCCUCUGUCAGGCCUUGAAACAGAAGAAUUUGCCCUACCAGGAAACACCUCUGGGAGUUCUGUCUACAGUGGCAACUGAACAACUCAAGCUGCCAGUAUGCGCCUUUCUGCCGGUGCAUUCAGCAGCUGAAGGUGCGUUCAAGCAAGUCACCUCUGUCUGCCUUUCUUUUGACAGAAAACAGCUCGUGAGGAAUGGCGGAGAUUAGAACAUUUGGCUGCGGUGUCGUGACCAACCAUUUAGCAGUACUUUCCAACACUGACAGAAGGGUCCUAAACAGAAUCAGAUGCGAAGUGCUGGGAUCUAGCGGUUGCAGACUCUAGGUAGAUUCUCAAGGUCGGUCGUAAUGUUAUCUUUGAGUGCCGGAAAUAGGGAGAAACGUGAGCAGUUAUUUUGAGUUUAUUUCGCCUUCUCGGUCAGUAUAGCCCACUACCCGUCAGGUUGAUGACUGGGAGUCAACCCAUAUGCUAUGCGAUGAAAUCGAGGCAGUCAAAUUCCAACGUAAGGCGUGCUUGACACUGUACAUGUUAGUAAAGUAGACAUUGCCUGGGAUAAAGUACUUAGUCCUGGGUAAACCUAUGCGUAGAUUUACUUUGAGGUAAAAGCAUUUCUCCGAAAUUUAGGCUUUACAAUCAUCCCUGAAAACGCAACAGCCCAAAGUCGACUUUUUUUUCUAAGGAACUCCCCUUAUUUACAGAGAAACGUCUUCAGUGAGAAUCCUGAACUCGGCAAUUACCAGGCCAGCCCAGUUCAAGAGUACGCGUCUCAAGAGGAAGGGUCUGCUUACCCUAGCAAUCGGUACUCUUAUCUGCUAAGCAGUUGAGGACCAAGACCGUUUGCUUUUUACGACUUAAGACUUGCUGCCACCGUCAGCUCUCUAUUAUAUAACCAGUGUCGAAUAAUCUUUGCCUAUCUCACACGGAUAGUUACGUUUAGCGGACUUGACGAAGUGUCCAUGUUAUGCUUAGAGCUUUCCGUAAGUACAGCUUUCUGACAUGUCGGACAGGCUGCGAUAACAACAAAUUAGCAUUUGCUCGAGUACACAGAAGUCUAAGACGAAAGUGGAAGCCUGAAGCCUGAAUCGCUCAGCAUAGCUAGGCUAAUUAUCAUCGUGUUUCAGCGAAAUAAAUUAAUCACAAAAUUGCUGCCUCUAGAGGAGCGGAUGCAAAAUUCAAACAAAGUUAUCGGGAGGAGCGACUACUUCAAACUGAUUCGCGGUUUUUUGUGGUGAACAGUUGCACAGCUCGAGAUAAUAAAAAUGGGAUUUAGGGAGAUAAAUGAAACACUCGUACGGCAGAAAGCACAACUCGGUACUCUGGCGCAGAGAAUGCCAGUUGGCGAGGCACUGGUGAAAAAUGGAGUUCUGAUAGACCUCGUCUGCUGACCAUCUGCGCUGCCCCUCUACGUAGCUUCGUGUUUCUGGUUCUAGACCGUGGCUAGGUUUAUGGGUGACUGAAUAAAACUAGAACCAGUGCCGAUUAGUGCUCUGUGGUCAAGUCGUAUCCUGAGAAACCCCUUCCACUAAGUUAAGCGCUUUUUAAUGGGGUGCUCCUUGUACAAAUUAAAACUCGCAUGUUAACUAGGUGCGCCGACAUAUUUUGAAUCAAAUGAAGGACGUUUUAACUGGGUUAUUCAGAUUCAAACAACUUCAUACUUCCAUAAUGAAGGUCGUGUGGCGUAGCGCUCAAUCGCGCUACGAAUACGUCGGUGUUCAGUUUUCUAUGCUGGCUGCUGGUUAGGCAGUCAUGAUAGGAGGGAGGGCAGAACACUGUCAUUAAUUUAAACAAAUUUGCCAAAAUCAACUGUCCAGCCUAUUGGAAAAUUGCACAAGUUUUAGCAAAAAUUGCCCUUGUCAACUGGGCACCGCUAAAGGCCAUUUAUUUAUUGAGCUCCUUAAUUGCGUGCGUGGCUGGGAAGCAGGGAGCGGAAAGGUCGUAAAUUGACGACGUAAAAGUACGUACACAUCCUGUCUGCAGAGGAUUUUUUGCUCAUAAAAGUUACUUUUAGCUAGAGGAGGCCAUGUUUAACCUCAAAUAAUGUUUCUCGCUCAAAACCUCUCUGGUGUCCUCAAGCAGAGGCGAUAUGAGACGGCCAAGUUAAAACCGGGUGAAAAAAGGAUGGCUUUUUUUUACAAAAGAUGACUUCUUGACAGAAACCUUAGUCUGUGAGCUAACCAACUGAUGGAAAACUGGUUGCUUGAGGUUGCAAGAGAAGGGCGAGGACAGGCCAAUUACUAAUGAAAAACGGACAGUGAGAUGUACCAUUAGAGAGCGAAAGGGGCCAUACUUAUUUGGAAUAUAGGCCUUUCUGUUUUCUCGCAUAGGCUAGUACACAGUCGGAAAAGACCGGCCCAAGUCUUGGCAUCCUAGCUUUCAGUCCAUUCGAUUAGUGGGCAGGGAAAAGUGAAAUAUGUGACAUUUUAGAACGAUUUUCCGCUUAUACUUCACGCGCAUGCACAUGCCGUACAUCGGUAUGCUUCUUUACGGUCUUAAAAUAUCGCAUUCCGUAGACCCGAAUAUGGGAAAAAAGGAGAUUGCUUGGAAGCUAGAAAGAUAUAGUCUUCUUAGACUUGUUGAUGUAGGCGUUUAGCGGUUUCAAUAAAAAGCUCGUUCUAAUCUCCGUACAAUUUAUGGGCAGUGUAUUGCUGAAAUUAAUGCAGUUUUCCUACCGAAUUCGCGUCAUUUGUGCUACUUUACUAUUCCAAUUGAACCCAGACCUAGCUACUAUGAUCUCAUCGGUUAGACUCUGUUUCAACUUCCUACCGAAGAAACAUUUCCAGGUUAAAUGACGCAAAAGCAAAUUAGCCUUAGUCGACCAUUGAUCAGCACACUAGCGAACUCAGAACUGCUUUCAAGGGCCCCAUUCAUACAUUGUAUGCGUGUAACUCAAAACGUGAUGACAAAAAUGUACAUAAUCGUUUUAGGUCACCUAAAACUAUCGCAUUCGUCUUAUUACUUCCGGAAACGGUUUUCCACUCAUGAAGAAUAUGUUUCCAAUUAACUGUUUAGGAGGAAAAGUCGACCCGUCUGAGUGGAAAUCAACGCUAUCUGUCGGACAUCUGAGUGUGCCCUGUACAUACUAAAUAUUCCUCUAUUGUUGCUCUACUUAUGGCAUUAUUUUGAUCAGGCGUUAACAUGGAGUGGGUAAAUAUAAUCCUAAAGUUGAGUUUGCUCAUUUUACAUGAAUAUAUGCUUUCUCUUCAGUUCUGCUUUUCUUAACAAAUUUCGUUUUUAGCCAACAUAAUACUGCCCCCUAUAUUUCCCUUGCUUUGAAUUUAACUAAGGGUCUUUAAUUAUAAAUUCAGGACCUUGGUCGAUUAAUUAGAGAUCCUCCGUUAGUUAAGGCAUACUUCAGUAUGUAUGUGUGCAGCUCUAGAGAAAUUUUUUACAGGGACUGGAAUUUAACAGGAUUGACGGAGCCUACUGCUUUGAAGCGGUGUUCAUUCCACUGAAUUCCUCAAAAAUUUGGCAUGCUAGUUUUCCUUGUAAAUGCAAAGCUUCAUGGAGGACUAGCAUGAUCACUUGGGGUCGUUUGUCAUCGUACUCCAUUCAAGAUUGAAAAGGCCGGGAAGAAGACAGUUACCCCGGUGCAUCGAACAGCAUUCAAAUGGCCUGCACAAUAGCCCCCAACCCGCAUUUUUUCCCGACGGCACAUGGCACCAUCCACACAGAUAACACAGCCACUCACCGGACUGGAUCGUAGGGUGGGUUUCGUCGUCACUUGAGGGUAUACAAAGCCCUGAGUCAAAUAGUUCUUGUUCUACGGCAUGGGGUGAGCACGUAUCGCGCCCCGCACGGACCUAACUGCUAUCGAUGUGGACUUUCUCGAUCUCUACCUGGGGAAUUGGAGUGGUGAACAUAGCUAUAUGGGCCAGAAGUGAUCAUAUCAGUGUCGUUUGUCUUGAAGGUCGAAUCCAUUGCCUUCCACUGUCUCGCUGUCUCAGGUUACCAGGGCCACAUCUGUGGCAUACAGCUGCUAUUGUAACAAUCAUGUUAUCCGCUGUGAUGGAGUGACUGAGUAGGUGAGACAGGGCGUAUUCCCACGCACACAUACGAUUCCUCUAACUUUUUGGGACUGUAUUGACAGCCGAAUGUAGUCGCGCCGUAAUCUUGUCUUCCUACAUUGCAGGAGUUUUCAGUCAAAACAAAAGUAGCAGUGCUAUAAAAUUCGAUGAAAAACACAUUUUCUUUCGCGAAAACACAAAGGACCUCGUGAAAAUUGAAGGCUAAAAGGGUCUAUUUGCGCGUGAACAGAAGCAGCGAUGAUUUUGUUGCCUGACAGGAAGGCCUCCGCGCAAGUGGACUUCACUUUUGUUUUGGACGGAAAUUACUUAAUCCGACGUCGCCUACCCUCUUCAAUUCUCCCUAAGGUGCGAGAAGCAUAUAAUAAUUGCACUGCAAAACCCAUUAAGGCAUAGCUCGCUGGAUAUCGGUUUCUUAGGCCAGAUUGGGCAGGAUAGGACGCAGAUCCUAGUUCCGGAUUUGGACGUCUCCAUUCCCCGCUUUCUACUGAAGAACACAAAUUCGAAGUUCCAGGACAAUUCACGAUGGAAUGCCAGUAAGGCAUUACGAGAUGGUGGGCCAGACACACUAUGUCGUAAUUAUCUCUACCGUUUGUAGGUUUUUUUGGAACUGCUGUAUCAGGUCGAUAUCCAUUCACGUCUGACCGUGUUAUAGUUGUUCUGUUGUCGACCGCUCAAAAUGCAGACUUGGAAGCCUGUUAAUUCUACAAAUAACCCUCGGUAAAAGAUGCUCUACUAUCAGCCAUUAGUGGACGCGUCCUGGUAGCUUGCAGCCAAAUUAACGUGAAAGUCCUGUCUUCCCGUGGGUUUUGAAGUCUCAGUAAAAGAGAGUGAGCGCAGCAUUCAUACUUGCACAAAAUUUCUGCCCUGAGUAACUGAGCGUAAAAAUUGAUCUGUCACUGUGGCUGGGGCAUGAAAUGGCUCGAUUUGACUUGGUACGUUGUACGUACAGUAGUUUUCAUACACUAUGCAUCCAAAUUCGUUGUAUGACUUCUUAACAUAUAAUUGAUAUUGAACGGAAUUCGGUGAAUACGCUUCUCUCAACCUGAGUGGGCAAUGAUGUAUGAAAAUCUGCAUACUCAAGUCCACUCAACUGUCUAAUGGGACUGGGAACUGGUCACUAUCUACGUAGAGUUUGAUCUGAAUCAAAUAAUCAGCCAAUUCUUGGGAAAAGUGAUACUUCUUUACGGGAAAGUCAUUCCAAGUACCAUAGUUUCCUUUCAUUUAGAAGGGAUUUGUGCAAAUAAAAGGUCGAAAAAGAGCGAAAGCUAGUUAGCGUUACGCGAUGUUUUGGAAGAAAUCGAGGAGGACUACUUAAUUAUUCUAUAUUCAUGACCAUUUCUGUUCAAAGAGCAACUUUUUCAGGACUCGACUAUCUUACUGCAAAAACCUUAAACCAAUGCAUUGUUCAAGUCUACUUUAUCGCUUUUUGCCUACCUAUAUCCCUAAAAACGCCGGCCUGGCCUAACGAAUGUUAUCGUGUAAUACAUGAAAAAUUCGUUGAAAAUCUCUGUCAUGUCAGGGCUUCCGUCCACAGAACACGGCAAGAACUGCAUUUCUACGGAACUGGUCAUUAGCUGCAUAGUUGGAAAGGCAUCCAUCAACUCUUCCAUUAACCCUUUAUUAACCCUUCCGGUGUCUAUUUUAUAAGUUACAUGAUAAUAUGGACGCUGACUUACAAGUUAAAUUUCAAACAGUUGUACAAAAGUAUGCCACUCGAAUAGUUCCCUUCUAGCCCUAGAAAAGUUCUGCCCCUUGAGCUGAUUUGUCCCUAACAGGACGUAAAUUCUUUUCUGUACUUCCUUUAGAUCCCCUUUAAAUAUCACUUCUUAGGUUUUGAAGGCUUGUUGGCCCGUUUGUGCAUAGUCAACCCCUUGGUCACUGUCAUGGGCAAUAAAGGGCUGGCUGGGUAAGUUGGGGAAGAAACGAGCAGUUAAACUCCCGAAUUUCAUGAUAGCAUUCGUUAAGAGCCACUCGUGGGAAUUUCAUAGUUUAAAUGGUACUGCGAGUUGUAGCUACAUCCUGCUAGAAACAGUUCCCUGGAGUACCCAUCAACGUUUUUAGCAUUCAUCUCUACUGUUACCACUAAGACCCGCAACUAUUCCCCUGGCGUCUCCAGAGGAAAGAGCCAAUCAUCCAUUGAGCCCCGGUUAUGCACCAGACCACAUUGCAAACACGAUGAAUUUCACGCUUAGGGGUAAGGCGUGGAAUUUCCCCCUGCCCAGAAGUGGCCAUUUCGAUUAUUAUGAAACCUACUAGAAUGGAAGUGGACUUCAUUCGCCAAAGCACAUUUGUCAAUAAAAUAUUCCACAGCCAUUACGAUUCUGGGGAAUUGACCUGCAUGCCUGUUAGUGUGCUGAGUGGAUCUUGCGGGGAAUAAGGCUUAAUCGACCGCCGAUCUCCCUCACAAUAAAGACCUCGGUAUACCAACUCGAGCGGGACAUUUUCUAGUUAGGAUGUCAGGAUCCGCUGGCGCCGAAGAGCUUGCGAGGGCUUUAUUUUUAUUAGAAGGGCUUUCUCAGGAUUGUCUUCCUGGAACCCGAUUUAUCCUUUAAAUGUCCUAGCCAAUCGACUUGACCUGAAAUCAUUUGGUGAAUUUGUCUUCGUGAAAGGUUGAGGAUGUGCUUUUUGCAUUAUACCAAAUACAUUCUGGUCCAUAGGGCAAAAUUAAACUAGUUUAAAUCGCAUCUAUGUAGCGCACCAGGUCGUUGUGCAUGUUUCUAAAUAUUAUCAUUCAGAUGUAUGGUAUAAUGUUACUACUGGCUUCCUUAACUUAUGGCCUACGUCCAAAUCGAUUCCACUAUAAAAAUUAAACUGGCUAAUUUAAAGAAAUGUCGAUUGGCAUAACUCUAUUGCUCAUUCAAUCCUUGCUCCUUCUGACAAAGUUAUCUUUUUUUCCACAUCGGGGAACUUGAUGAAUAAUUAUCAGCUCUUCCUAAAUUAACUAAUAGCUCAAGUUUCAGCAGUACUUGCUACUUUCAUUUACAUUCUUGCGCACUUAAGUCUGCCUCGGCAAAUUAACCGGCGCACGAUGCACUUCCAUUCCUCCAUAACUAGUUUUUGGGUGACGGGAUAUACUUUGACAAUGCAAAGUACCACUCGGCCUGAUUGCCGAGCUAAAUAAUGAGGUUUUGCGCGAUAGCGUUCAGCCUUUAUGCACAGAUUUUUCUUCCUAAGCAAGCAUACGCCUUUUAGACGCAAAAGUGCGCACCACACUGUGAUUUGCGAGCUUCAUUUAAAAAAGUUGGGCGCACACCGCGCAGUUGUUUUGAUGCAAACUUUCAACGGAAAUAUCUUUAGAGGGAAAGUUAAUUAUCUCCCUCGAAGAUUCCUUUAUGAACAAAAUCAGCUUACGUCCAAGAGUUCUUUAGGGACACUCAGAUGGGCACUGAACGACACGACCGUGGAAAGUCAGAAUCCACGAAAGAUUAAAUUAUAGAAAAGUCCUCGAGAAAAAGACGACAGACAGAGCAGAGAUGUAUGUAUGUCUUGCCAUCUUUAAAGGGGGGGACAACGUCCGUUUCUAAGAUUUUCACGUUAAAAUUAACUGCAAUUGGUUCUACAAUUUUUAAGCCUACCAUUGUUUGCAUCAGAAUGCUUAGAGGAGGGAGCAAGGCGCCUCAGCCGCUAAUGCAAUAUUUAGCUUCUCUUGACAACGUUGCGUCGGUUCGUACCUUAACUUCACACCUUCUGCCCCAACAGCCUACUUCGGCAAACCGACCAAUAAAUCGUCACAGAAGUCAAGAAACAAGUCGGAACAGUAUACUCCGCUCAUCUCUCAACGUGACCAACAGCAGCUGAACAUUCUGCUCUUCAAACACUCCACAUUUGCUGUGUUUGUGACCGGCAUCUACCGUCUCUGCCUCACCACCAUCCUCCUGGGGGUUUGCGUGUGCUGGUUGCUCGCUUGCAAAUAUCUGAUCGCACAAAUGUGCUCCAGAACUGUGUCUGUGUUGACCAAUAAGGUGAGCAUGUUCUGGACUCGGGGAAACUUUUGAUCUUUUUUUAUGCAAUGCCGAUUGACGAUUGCUGCCGACCUCUUAAUCAUUUGUAUAAUCAACUCGUGUGUACUGCCUAUUUAUCCAAUCACAAAGUGACGACUCUUUGAAAGGAAUGAAUAUCGGGGGGUAGGGGUUGAUGACACACACUCACCAGGAAGCCCGAGCGGACGAAGAUGAGAGAGAUGACAUGAGCUCCGCUAAGGCAAGUUUUUUAUCGGAACUUCUGGAUGCCUCCUCAAGUCCACCAUUAGAGGCAUGGUGGGAGCAACGAUGGAAGUAGUACACUUUUAGAGGGGACCAGUCUAACAACCCAACUACGUUUCUCUAACGCUACGCUGAUCACUAUCAGAUACCUAUGUCUUAACUCGCUAGACUCUCUGCGCGGCUGAUUAAUAUCACAGAGAGAAAGGGAGAUACGCUUUAUUUUGUCACUACUAUCCCAAAAUUUUCGGCAAAAAAGAUUCAACUAGCCGUGGAUAAAGUGGAUGCGCAAAACAGAUAAAACCAGAAGAUCACAAGCGAUAGCUACCGAAAACUGCAACGGUCAAUAUCAUGAAGAUUCGCCGUGAAUGAAUUGUAAAAUUCGCGUUAGACUUGACUGCCUUCAAAACGGCGCUAGCGUAGUGUGCGGAUGACCCUAUUAUUGUAGUCAAACUAAAUAAAGAGGCGAAAAAUCGGUAUAUAAUGAGUAAAAUAGGUCAAGGGAUGAAGUGGAAAGAAGGAACACAGUGGCGGCCCAAUUUAAAAAUUAGUUAUAGGCCUAAAUCUUCGAUACGGUUAAUGUCCUGUGUACGCUGCUCAAAUUUUAAUUUGACGGCUCCUAAGGAGAAGGAAAAUUGGCACUGGAAUUGUUAAUUCUGGUUUAUUUGCGUCCUUCAACGGUAGUAGCUAGACACCCGAGGUUUGGUGUCGGGUACGAAGAUCAUCGAAUUCCUAAAUCCAGCACUAGAGACCACUUUAACUACGAGGUCUAUGCUCUGGCAACCGCGAUCAGGCGUUGACCACCCUAUCCUUGUUACGAUACAGAACAUGGAGGGAUUCGUGUUCGCCCUGAAGCUUUGGAUCUCGAUCACAUGUCGGCAUUCGGUAAACGACUAGGGGACAAUGAACGAGACAUCAUAUGGGUCAUAGUUUGCCAUCCCAAUGUCAUUUUGCCUUGUUGGUAAGACUUAUUGAGUAUGGACGGCUACUAGCUUACAUACCUCCUGUGAGGAUCCUAGACCCGAAGUCCCAAGGCGGGCGACAGUCGGCCCCUCCUGUUUCGUUCUACACGCAGGAUAGAUCAGUGAACGCUACCGCCACAUUAGAAUUGUACCUGCCAUCCCUACCUCUAGCCGGCCUCUAUUGGACACCUAACGUUCUUCGCAGAGAAGCACUCAGACUCACGCCAAGAGACAGGCCUAAAUAAUUACUUUUCAGUCACUACGUCUUGGUCCUUCACUUCACGAAGGAAUAACGCGUCAAAUCUGAGAUUCAAGUUCUUAUAGGCAUCAUUUCUGGCUCUUAAGGGACACAGAAAUCCAGCAAUUAGGUGGGGUAGGGGUUGUUGUUACUGCUGUUGUUCAGAACAGUGUCUCACCAUGACUGUUGUAACUCACUCAUUAGGCCUAGUGAAUCAUGCAUGGUGAUCUUUCACCUCCACCUGGGUUUCUGAUACCACGAUAUCCCUAAGUCUGCCGGCAAACGGCUGGGGUCUACAGUUCACUUCUGUCUGUCAACUAGGUAGCAUGACUAAGAGGAUGGUAGUCUGUAGCCCGGAAAAGGGAAUCUAGGGUGAGAAAUAUGUGCCAGAACUCAUCAGAUCUGUGCCCAGGUUUUUAAUAAUGCUUUCAAAUAUACAAAAUUACCUAGGUGAGACUUCAUGAGUGAGCAGGACUUCGAUUUUCAGCGUGGGUAUUAAUUUAGUAACAUCUUUUAGAAAAAUGUGCAGUCUUUUCAGUUCUUAUAGUCUCUUUUUGCACACAUGCUUAUUGUUUGCAUUCGUUGCUUGAAGAAGAGAGCACUGUCGUUCUAUAGUGUUUGCUUUUUGCUUUUUAACACGGUUAGUAACGCAUUUAUACUAAUAAAACGGCGACUACAGUAGACGUGCUAUCUCACGAAAUGUAAACGGAAAUUUUUAAAUACUUUUUCAAUUCGAAUGUAUUACUUAGUUACGUUUUCCGUAUGACAACAUCACGUCGCAUAAUGCCAAGAUAUUUUAGUCACGUCAUAAUGCUGACUUUCGAACGAUCUCCUUAUUGACCGCCUGCGUAAACUAUGUUCCGUAAAAAUGACUACCUAGAUAGGAAGAAUUUUUCUUUUUGAUUUUUAAUGUCCUAAUAGAAAACAUGCACACAAUUAUCCGCUCUUUUCUCAUUUAGUAGCAAACUAAGUCCUCUUUCAAUUUUAUACUUGAAGAAAGAAUAUCCUGCAGUUUUAAAAAGUAUUUAAUGACAAAAUUUUUUCGAAACUGUGGAAUGUCUAAUCGUGCAUCAUUUUAUCAGCAAAUUUAUUAAUGCUGCUCAAAAAUCGAUAAAAUGGUCCACACUUUACUAAAUAUUGCGAGCCCUAUAUGUCCUCUCUAUAAUAACAUAAAAAUAUAUAAUUUUCUUUGCACAAAAACAUGCAACUUGUAGUUUGGAAUCCCUGAAUGCAGGUGUAACGGCAGGUCAGGUUCAAAUUUAUUCGGGAAUCGGAAGAGUUUUUUAAGACCGAAAGAUGUUAUUUCUUCAAGUCCGGGAAUUUAAAAUGACGUACUUUGUUACCAUAUAAGUAAAAGAAAAAAUAUUUUUGUGCAUGUUUUCUAUAAAAUAUAUUUGAAUUUGUAAGCACAUCAUAAAUCAAUAUAAAUAACUCAUGUUACUUAAGUAGUCAUUUUUAUGCGAAGUAUAGUUUAUUCAAGCAAUCUGUGGGAAACUCGCUCAGAAGCCGGAAUCCUGACGUGACUGGAAUAUCUUGGUAUUAUUUGACACAAUAAUUAAUACGACAACUUUGCUUAAGUAAUCGGUGAGAUGUGGUUGUGUAGCCCCGCCUGAUAGAUACAAUGCUGUUGGGGUUGGCGCUAGGGUUAGGGGUUAUGUUUAGGGGUUAGUGUUGGGGUUAGAGCAACCACUUUUCAACCACUCAAAGUACAAUCGCGCAUUCCCAUUAGCUUUUCUUUUGGACACAACUACAUGACCUCGUCGUUUGUGCGUCCCCCGACCCCACCUGUAAAAAGCCCCAUCACCACCCGUCCUGUAUGACAAGUGGCUGGGGUUUGUUUACUUCAGGUGGAGCUGCAUAAUCACAUCUGCCCAGGUAAUCUUUCCGAACUGAAAAGAUAUUUCAGCAUUUCGGGCAACGUUUCAUAAGAUAGCAUAUCAACCUCAUGCCUAGGCUACGAUAACGAAAACAGUCCUAUAAUACAAAGGAAUACGAGGUUAUCUUUUCUGCUAGAAAAAUUUCCGGUAUCAGUCACUUGAGCGUAUGGACAGACAAAUUCUCUUGAUUCUUCUUUAUGUUCGUAUUUUGGAGGAGUAAAUACCAUGGGCAUUCAUUUGUUAAAUAACCUAGAGAAGCAUAUUGCAAAUAGUAAACCUAGCGGGAGUGUUUUUUAUUCAAUCUCCCGCUAGGACGCUGACGGUGCGGAAGGAUGACGUGAAGUCCAUGCCUGUCAUUCUCGCUGUCAUCCUACUGAACUUCAGUUCAGUUAUGAAGAUGUCCUAAAAUUCGGGGAUUUGAAGGCUGGCAGAUAGCGCGAAGCCUAAAAGUGAACCUUCUAUGAUUCCCUCAUAAUGUGUCCUUUUAAGCAUCAUUUUCCAGUGUACUAAUGCUGGUUCGGUUAGAAAAGGAAAAAAGUAUAUUUUCGGGUUUGCAUCAGCAGAAACGCACUGUCUCGGUCGAAAAUUGCACCAAACCCUAUUUCAUACCGUUGAAAAGGUAGUCUUGGGAAUUGAAUGGGAAAAGACCGGAAGAGAGGAGGGGGAGGAGGAGGAGGUCGGCGUUGCACAAGCAUCCCUGUUACAAACCAAUUCACAUACAUGCUGUUUUCCUCAAGAAAACUAUUCUUAGCCGACCAUGACGGAGAAGUUACUACGUGUUACGAUGGUGAUUUGUUAUUGUAACAAGUUGUGUCUCAAAAGACAAGCUCAGACGUAAGGUUUAGUAUGGUUAUCGAAGCCCCAGAUAACAUGCGCCUGUAACUAAGACUUGGCAUGCGGUCGAUUGCGCGCUUUGUACAACGGUGACUUAGUCACUAAAAACGGAAACGUUGUCUGCAUGAUGGAAUAUAAAUUAAGAACCUCUAAGAAGUUCGGGAUCAUUUUCGGCGACUGGCCUUUAAAUGUGAGGGUAAAAUAUACUGAGGUAUUAAAAGUCCAAGAGAAUCAAAUUGCCCCUUUUUGUGAUUAAGAUUUAUUCGCAGUUGUUGCGCGUUAUGGUAGUGAACUGCAAUUAAUCGGUUGACAUUGAGCCAGAGAGUCUUGAAACGAUAGACUAGCCGUCCGAACUAUCGGCUAAGGACUUGUUCGUGACCUGCGCCCCUUCUUCUCGUUUCCGCUUUGCGGAUGUUCCUGGCGCUCUUCGAGUGAUGCCUACUUCCCCCCGUAGCCUUUCCUGUUAUCCCAACACGCAAGGAGACAUUAAUAUGCUCCUCUUACCCGCCAGCUGGCGAUGACUCCUGUUAGACUCCUGUUGGUUUCUUGUGUGGCCUGACUGGACAGUUUUUCCACUCUUGAAAUCUUCAUUUUGGGCAGGCAAGUGAUGGGAAUGCGCGACCGCACCUAUAGAUGUUUGCUUGAGCCAAUCCGCGAACAGCAGCCCAACGAUAUGCACCAAAGCUAUUGUUCUCGCUCCAACAUCUUCCCCCCCCCCCCCCCCCCCUCCUCAAGUCCCGGUCGCCGAAUGUGCCGCUGGAUGACGCGACAGCAACCUCAUCAAUUCCUUCGUGGCGUGGCCGCGAAGGCUUGUGUGCUACCAGGAGGGCCAUAAAUUGUGAUUUAGGUGUAAAACCAUCAAACGCCGCAUCUGCAGAGAUCGUGAAAGUGGAAUUAUUAGUCACCUCCUGACUCAUUUAUGUUCAGAGGUGGCAUCCUACUUCAAUGCGCUGAAAAUCUUACAGCUAUUUUUCGCCCAGGAUUUUCCCAGCUGUUUAAGAAGUCGGGUCAAGUCUUCCACGUGGUUUUAUACUAAAAGUGGUGAUAUCCUCAGUUCUCGAAUAAACUAUAGAAUAGUCGGCUAGAUCGCAGUUGGUAGCCAGGAAUGGGGAGGCGGACGGCGACCUUACCCUUAAUCCUAACCUUAACCCUAACCCUAACCUCAACCUUGAACCUUAACCGUUAACCCUAACGGCAACCCUAACCCUAACCGAAAUUGCAACCGGAACCGUAGCCCUUAGACAUAGCCGUAACUAAAAAAUCUAACCGAAAAUCGGCAACAAUUAACCGGUACCCUAAUCCUAACCUCAACCGUAAAACGGAAGCCAAAUGGGUCAGAUGUGAUCAUGGAACCCCACUAAGUAGCCACGGUAAGCAAAGCCCCCAGCCACCUGUAAUACGGGGCCUGUCUACCAAUUGCGAUCUAGCCACAGCGGUUAAGCUUAACUUCGUUACCGUCAUCGGGCAGCUUGGUCCAACAACAUCCUCGUCAGGAACAGCAUGAAAUAUGGACGCAAAUCGAUCGAUUCGCUGUUUCAUCGUCAUCGGAAAUAUCCGCUCCUCCGCCCUCCAGCCUGCGACGUGCUCUCAGGCACUUAUCGUACGCAACUGUGAUAACUGGUGGCGUUUAGAAAUAUUUUGCCUAAAUAAAGCGCCUAAGUCCGGCUUGAUUUUCUGAAGUUCCUUCUAAAAUAUUCGGCCUCCGCAAUUACUCACGAAUCAUUAUGCUGCCGGCCGUAAGAGUCUAACGGGAGUAACGAUAGGCAAUACUUCACUCGAUGAACUUUUCCUCUAUGUACAAACUCCAAGGUAAAGUGCCGUUAGAAAUGAUGAAAGGCAAGGGUUUUCUUAGGGUUUUUGCCUGCCUUUUUGAGAAUGUAUUAUUUUUUAAAUCUAUUUUCCCCAUUCCUUAUGUAGGUCACGCUGAUCACAACCUGCCCGCCUAGUUCGCGCAAAAUAGAGACCUUCCUGACAUCAACUAACAGAAACCUAUUUCACCGAAGCAAUUCACGAACCAUUUGGCUGCCAGAGCCCGAGAAGACUCCUGACCCGAUAAGGCCUCCUCGAGCUGAACAACUACAGUCUGGCAGAAAACGAAAGUCCAGGGGCUCAAAGAUUCGUGAAAAGCGGUCUACAGAGUCCCGUGUCUGA